AUUUUCCGUUCUAAAAACAGUUCCGAAUCUUCUAGUGUGGAAGAACUGCGCGGCUGUACCACCCAUGAUCGACCGAACCCAAAACACAUGGAAGACACCUAGUCCGAUGCCACCGGCAGAUUCCAAGUCGGAUAUCAGUACGGAGGCAAUGAGAACGGAACUUGCGAAGAGGUCUCAGCUUGGGAAAAGAAAGGCAGCCGAAUCGAUCAUCGCGGAUCCGUCCAUUCCUGCAGCAAAGCGGGUGAAGCUCGUGUCCUCUGAGCUCCGCAAUAUUGUCGAGUAUCCUCACAGCAACAACGUCCACGCACGUCCUCUCACCGCUAAAUGCUGGACGGAAACGUUCCGGUGUGACUGCAGCAAGAGGCGUGUCAUCGUCUCCUCCGUCCCACAACCACCUCCACCAAGUCCCUCUCCUACCUCUACGACCCCGCCGUCACCGCAGCCAGAGAUAUGCAAUGCAUCCGCGCCUGCAGGUGCCAAGCCGCUGAAGCGUACACAGAGCAGCCUUUCACAUUGGGUUGCCGGUGUUAGCAAGAAGCACAAGCCCGACACGGCCCCGGUUGGUGCACCGCCGCAGACGAAUGGCAAGCAGGGGCAGAGUGGCGUUCUGGGAUGUGGAGGGUAUGUGCAGAUCACGGUUGAGGAAGAGGCUCAUCCGCUUUGCUCGUACAUCAAGGGACAGAUGAUCACCGUGCUGGUAGAGCGUCCGACCCAAAUGGCCCCUGUGAAGUAGCUCAUUCUCGCAGGAGUUGGAUUAGACAUAGACUCGGACAUUUGGCAUAUGACACGCAUGUAUGAUACCAUUGCAAUACCAGAACGAUAUUUAGAUAACCUUGAUCUCG